AUGGCGAUGCGGUCCGCUGCGCGGCAAGCCAUACUCUCUCCCCCGCUUGGGCCCCGCGGUCCUGGCCCCUUCCUCUGUGGUCGCUCCAUGCCUGUCGCUCCUCGCGUGGAGCCAUGCCGAGCGGCGAGCUCCGCCACCGCGCCGGCCGCCGGAAAGCACCUACCUCCAUUGUUCAGUGUCGCGCCGAUGAUGGACUGGACGGACAACCACUAUCGGACGCUCGCUCGGCUCAUCUCGCGGCAUGCCUGGCUCUACACGGAGAUGGUCGUCGCGGAGACCAUCGUUCAUCAGAAGGAUAACCUGGAUAGGUUUCUAGCAUUUCCUGAGGAACAACAUCCUAUCGUGCUGCAAAUUGGUGGAAGUAAUCUUGAAAAUUUAGCAAAAGCAACAGAACUGGCAAAUGGUUAUUCAUAUGAUGAGAUCAACCUAAACUGUGGCUGCCCCAGCGGCAAAGUUGCUGGUCAUGGUUGCUUUGGUGCUCGCUUAAUGUUUGAUCCAGAGUUUGUAGGGGAUGCUAUGUCAACUAUUGCAGCUAAUUGUGAUGUCCCAGUUAGUGUUAAAUGCAGAAUUGGUGUUGAUGAUCGUGAUUCUUAUGAAGAACUAUGUGAAUUUGUAGAUAAAGUUGUCUCAAAAUCUCCAACUAGGCAUUUCAUCAUUCAUGCUCGGAAGGCAUUGCUUAGCGGUCUUAGUCCCGCAGAAAAUCGGAAGGUUCCUCCAUUGAAGUAUGAGUACUAUUUUGCUUUGUUGCGGGACUUCCCAGAAAUAAAAUUUACUCUAAAUGGAGGCAUAACCAAUGUUGGUCAAGUUAGUGCAUCCAUAAGACAAGGUGCACAAGGAGUUAUGGUUGGCCGGGCCGCUUAUAAUAAUCCAUGGAACAUGCUAGGACAUGUGGAUGGGGAAAUCUAUGGCAAGCAAACAAGAUGCAUUUCUCGUCGCCAGAUCCUUGAGAGCUACCAAGCUUAUGGUGAUUCAAUAAUUGACCAGUACGGCCCCAGCAGGCCAAACGUGAGACAACUUGUCAAGCCACUGUUAAACUUAUUCCACUCAGAACCUGGCAACAGCCUGUGGAAACGCAAAGCUGACUCUGCAUUACGCCAUUGCAAGACAGUGAAAACAUUCUUGGAGGAGACUCUUGACGCAAUACCUGACAGUGUUCUUGACAAGCCAGUAAACAGGGAACCAUCCAGUGACGAAGGAUAUUUUGCUAAUGUCGAUUCUCUGUUGCCACCAAAAUACACGACGCCGAUCAACUGUAGCUAUGAAAGGCUAGAACUUGUAGCCGCAUCCACUUGA